GGUCCGUCACUGCAACACACCACUGACUUCGGUUUACACCAAAAGACAAAAUGAAUACAGCUAUACCUAAUUCAACUUACUCACCGACCGAUUUAACCUGCGUAUUGUAACCUGCUGGACCGACGCCGCUGAAUGUGGUGGUUUGCAUUUCCUGUGUAGUACAAUAUGAGCAGCCAGUGUGUGUUUACAGUCAGUGGAGUGAGCUUACAAAGUGCGCAGAGGGUCUUAUCUCGGUAGCUAGCGUUAGCCCUUUAAAGCUGCUGUCUGUGGCCCGCUCUGGCUGUAUCAUUCGUGGGACAGGUACUUUUCAAUCAGCUAAGCACCAUGAAUCUGGUACGUCUCGUGUGCCGCCACAAGACAGCCUUGGUCAUUGGCACUGUGUGCAGCUUUGCUGUAGUUCUGGUCUUCUUGGCCAAAUGUACCUCAGAAACCCUGAAACAGGGCCACCAGGAUCCUCCCGGCCUUGCCCCUCGUCCCAGUGAUCUCCAGUCCCAUCCAGAGCAUCAUCAUCCCCCUUCCGCAUCCAAAGACUUGUCAGCAUUCCUCGUGGUCCUCAUCACAACUGGACCCAAGUACACAGAGCGGAGGAGUAUCAUCCGAAGCACCUGGCUGGCCAAGCGGGACUCUGAUGUGCUGGCUAUGUUUGUGGUGGGGACCCAGGGACUUUCCAAUGACGACCUUCAGAACCUUAACACAGAGCAAGGCCGGCACAAGGACUUGCUCUUACUGCCUGACCUGCGAGAUUCUUACGAGAAUUUAACGCUCAAGUUGCUUCACAUGUACUCCUGGCUGGACCAGAAUGUGGAGUUCAAGUUUGUCCUCAAAGCGGAUGACGACACCUUUGCUCGCCUAGACCUCCUAAAGGAGGAGCUGAAGGGGAAGGAGCCCAAUCGGCUUUACUGGGGCUUCUUCUCAGGGAGAGGGCGAGUGAAGACUGCUGGGAAGUGGCGGGAAAGCUCUUGGGAGCUUUGUGACUACUACCUGCCCUACGCGCUGGGUGGAGGCUACAUCCUCUCAGCUGACCUUGUGCGUUAUGUACAUAUCAAUACAGGCUACUUCAAGACCUGGCAGAGUGAGGAUGUGUCACUGGGCGCCUGGCUGGCACCAGUGGAUGUUCGGCGGACGCAUGACCCACGCUUUGACACAGAGUAUAAAUCGCGUGGUUGCAACAACAAAUACUUGGUGACGCAUAAGCAGAGCUUGGAGGACAUGUUGGAAAAACACCAGACUCUGCAGCGUGACGGCAGGCUCUGCAAGGAGGAAGUGAAGCUGCGACUGUCUUAUGUGUAUGACUGGGGUGUGCCCCCGUCACAGUGCUGCCAAAGGAAGGAUGGCAUUCCUUAAUUUUUGUCCUUUUUUAUGAGUUAGCUUCUAAAUCCUCCGCAGUUACUAAAAAAAGGAAGGUAUCAUAUUUUUUUGGCCAGUUCUCCAGUAUUACACGAUGUAAAGUUAUUUAACAGGUUCCAGACAAAAUAGUAAAGGCCUUAAUGUUGAUUAAGAAGAAACCCUAUAUAGAAUAUUUUUCUGAUUGCAAGAAUAGUAAUUUCACUGCUUUUUUUGCAUGUAGACCAGUAGAUCAUGCUCAUCAUUUUUUUGAAAGAAAUUUUUACCAAUGUUUAGUGAUUUUACCAGUACUGACAGUAAUGUUAUAUUUAAAUUAUAUCAUCAUAUCCAAAUUGAUAUCAUGUUGAUAAUAAAAUAAUAUCACGUUGAUAAUCAAUUGCCUCUUAAAUCAUAAUCGCUUUUGUACCGUCAUGGUUACAAACUCUCCAUCCACCUACACUCAUAUUUUGAGUGUAAAAUUGUCAAAAAAGAGACAAAAUGCACAGUAAACAAAGUUACAGAUGAAUUAGAUUAUUUUUUAUCUCAGUCUUAACAAAAGUGAAAAAUAAUUUGUGUAUCUGUCCUGUGAUUUAGCCUUUAAUUUCAUGUCUACCUCCAGUUUCACAUCUUUGAGUGGUGUAAAAAUGGAGAACUGGCUGCAAAAUAUUAUCCUUGACUCUCAAACAGGAAGCCAACUUCACUCUUGUGUCCUUUUCCUCCUUUGGCCUUGUUAUUUGGACCCAUGCUCAUGUCAGUGCUCUCUUUACCGCCAGUUUACCAUGUUGGUGGGCUCUUUCUCUCCUCUGUUUAUGCUUCUCCUGAUCAAUAUUUUCCAACACUAUGAAAUUUGUUUUUCUUCCAGUGUAAUAGUUAGUACAGGGAAAACACAGAUGGGAUAAUUUUACCCUGCCAUGAUGUCUACAUUUAUUUGUAAAAGCAAUUUUAUUUGUAUUUUAUUUAUUGUUAAUUUAUUCUGCAGCAAACACAACACUUAAGUAUUCAGUUGGGACAGAGGCACACUGGCUGUGGUUGCUGCUAAUAGGUGAAAUUUGUAUUUAUAAACAUGUUGGAGUGGAAAUCUUAUACUUCACAUGAGAAAUGUUCACUUUUUAAAUGUAAAACUUUUGUUUACGGUCAACGGUACUACACGGUUUCAUGUUUUUGGAGGUGCAAAGAAUGUGUAAGAGAAAAUGGUUGAAUGUGUUCUAUUCAUCAGGCCUUCUUCCUUAUACUGGAGCCUAUCGGAGGAUAUUUACAUUUCAAAGGCAACUGUCAUGCUUUAGGUCAGUACGUUAACUGUGCAGAGAUGUUAAGUUAUUUGAAUGUUUGUUUGCAAGGCACCACAGAUUCAGAUGGAGGAACUUGAGGUGGACUACCAGCUGGCACUUGGUCACUUUUUUAAAUAAGACAAACAUAGUUUUUAAAGUCCAUAAGUCAUUAUUUAAUGAUACCUUGUUUAUGUUUUCUGAUGUUAAGGCCUUCAACCUGAACUUACCCUGUGAUGUCAGUAGCUGUGUCCUGAAAUUUGUGAAAUGUGUUCAGCGUUGAUUAAAGGGUACAAUGCGUUGGAGCACCAGCAGUUACAGAAUGCUGCAAAAAGAGCUCCGUCCGAGCUCGUUUUUAUGAUGUUUUUUGUGAAAAAUGAGAUGAUUGUUUUCUCACUGUUGUCACUAGCAACAACAGAAUCACUUCAACCUAAGUUCCAGUGUUUGUUCUAUGUACAUGGUCAGCCUCCCUGGGUGUUUUAUUAAAAAUGUUAAAUGUA